AUGAGCCAGGACUCUUUGAAUCACUCUCCGCGAGACGAGGAAGAGGAGAUGCAGGAGGAGAGCGGCGGGAGGAAGAUGAGGGCAGAGGACGGACUGAUCCUCCAGGGCAUCGUAGGAGGCGCAGUGGACCCAGAGGUCUACUACGAGGAGAAAGGAGGAGAGGACAAGAAAGCAGCAAGCAAGCCUGCAGUCAAUGAUCUGCUCGGACCAAGAGUGGUCAAGGCAAUCGACGAGUUCUCCAGAUCCAAAAGACUCGCAGGCGAUGCUGAAGGAGAGAGGCGAGUUGUUGAAGACGAUCUCGAGGACUCACGAGGUUUGACAAGGCUGGAAGAAGAUCUUGAUCAACGGGCGAGGGAGCACGAGCAACACAAGAAAGAGAUGGAGGAAGCACUGAACAAGGCAGCGGCAGCCUCGCAAGCCUCUCUUGAUGAGGGGAGACGGCAGAUCAGCUCAGCAGCCUGCGCGCAGAGGGCGAGCGAGAUAAAGAAGCUGCCCUGGCAGACCUUGCGAGUCAAGCAGGUUUUCUGUGAGACUCUUGGUUACUGUCAGUCAGCGAGACAUGUAGAUCAAGACCACCAAGAAGCUCUGGAGGUCGCCCGUGUGACGGCAGAACAGGAAUUGCUGGAAGCGUUGAGUGCCGCUCGUCAGAUACUCCGGCAAAGAGCUCUGCAAGAGCAGCAGGAGGCGAUCGACGAAGUCGUCUUUCCCUCCCAUCCUCGUUCCGCUACUUACUUCAACGAUCAGUUGCGCCGAGUGCACGAGUUACAAGUUCAGGAGGCUGUCAACGAGGCUCUUUCCAAGGCAGAUUCUCAGAGGGAGAAAGAGGAGCGAGAGAAAGCGAAGCUUGCGCUCGCUCGUAUCGAAGCGCUCGACAUGGAACGCAAGAGAAACGAGGACAUGAAGCUUGCGAUCGAGAAGGCUGCCUCCAUCGAGAAGGCCAUGUGCGCGAAUUGUUCCCAAGAGUUCAUCGUGCAGGACAACAACGUUGGGAGCUGCAAGUGUAUGUUCAACCCCAACAGCGUGGCCCAGGUUCAUGUGGAGGGAUAUCUCUGGCAUGCAGGAGCAGAGCUGACCAACUGGGUGGUCGUGCUGCCCUCAAAACGAGGUCUUUGGAACGUACGAGGAUCUGAAGAAAGUUGGAUGCCGAGCCCAUAUGGCCCUUUAAGACCCUAG